AUGAGCGCAAGAGUUAGUGAAGAAAAUAGACCCGAUUGUUUGGAAACUGAACCUACAUGUUCUUCAACUAGAGUUGAUGAAGAAAUUAUAUUGGAUAGACCAGAUGAACGAGAAACUGACGAUGACACUACUGGUACACCACAGGUAGUGCCAUCAUUGGAUGGUGAUGAUAUCAUUGAGGAGCUAAAGUCGGGGAUGGAGUUCAAUUUAUUUGAAGAUUUGUUGAGCUAUUAUAAACAGUAUGCAAAGAAAUGCGGGUUUGGGGUGAUGACACAAAGGAGUGAGAGGUCAGAGGAUCAAGGUGGCUUCGAGAACCUCAUAUUUUUGAAAAAUGAUUGUCGCAAUUACAUCGACAAAACACGACAUCUCCGACUUGGCGCAAGUGGUGCUGGAGCACUUCGGGAUUAUUUUAUGAGAAUGCAGUAUAAGAAUAACGGAUUUUUUGCAUUGAUAAAUUUAGGCGAUGACGGUAGAUUAAAGAAUGUCUUUUGGGCAAAUCCAUGUAGUUGGGCAGCCUACCAGUAUUUUGGUGAUGUAGUUACAUUCGACACCACAUACCUGACGAAUAGGUAUGGGAUGCCCUUUGCACCAUUUGUCAAUGUAAAUCACCACGAGCAAUCGAUUCUUUUGGGAGUUAGGUUGAUUUCCAGUGAGGACAUGGAGACAUUUACAUGGCUAUUCCAAACCUGGUUGCAAGGUAUGGACGGUAUAGCUCCAAAUGCUAUUAUUACUGAUCAAGAUAGAGUAAUGAAAAAUGCAAUUGCUACUGUCUUUCUAGAAACUCGACAUAGAUUAUGCCUGUGGCAUAUACUGAAGAAAGUCCCUAAGAAGCUUGGGUUGUAUGCUGCGUACAGAAGUGGGUUAAAAACUCAACUGAUGAAAUUUGUGUAUGACACACAAACUAUUGAGGAGUUUGAGAAAUAUUGGGCUGGGUUUAUUAACACAUACGACUUACAUGAGAAUGUGUGGCUGAAAAUUUUAUAA